AUGGCCAGAAUAGUUUUUCGGCGUUUUUGUACGUUAAAAGUAGAUAAGAUAUGUUUACAACAGGAAUUUAAUAUUGUUAAACAAUGUUUCGGUGCGCAAGGUUUCUUUGGUGCAACACAUCGAGUAAUGGUUGUUCAUCCAAAGGUUCGGUGGGGCAAGCACUCUACGUCACUUCUUACAAGUCCUGAACUUCAGUUAAAUGAAGCCAUUUCACUUGUGAAUACUUUACCUUAUUUAAGAGUAACGAGCUCUUCAAUCGUUGGUGCUGAUUAUAGUACAAAAAAAAAGAAUAUGUGGGCUAAAGGAAGAAUAGAAAAAUUGAAGGAACAAUUACGAAAUGAUCGUGUCACAGCUAUAAUGAUUAAUGUUGACGUCCUAUCACCUGAACAGCAGCGACACUUCUACUCCGUUUUUGGAAUUCCAAUUUUCGAUAGGUUUAAUGUCGUUUUGAAUAUUUUUAAACAUUAUGCGAAGACGAAGGAGGCUAUUCUGCAAAUUAAACUCGCGGAGAUUCCAUAUAUUCGGUAUUUUAUUUUUCACCAGUUUCACCAGACUGACAAUUUCUACCCGUCAGAUCAUUGUGAAAUGCUUCGAUUGCGCGAACAUUCACUUAGAAAAAAGUUAAAGGCAAUAAUGGAGAAGAACAACAAUUUAACAAAAGGGCAAGAAAAUAAGAAGGUUGCUACUAUUGCGGUUGUUGGCUAUACAAACGUUGGUAAAAGCUCUUUUAUCAAACUACUCACUGGUAAAGCAUUAUUUGUGGAGGAUAGGCUAUUUGCUACGCUCGAUUCUUCUACACAUUUUUGUCGUCUCCCGUCUGGUACUCCAAUUUAUUUGACCGAUACUAUUGGUUUCAUCUCGAAUUUGCCGAUCAAUUUAUUCGCAUCCUUCCAAGCUACUCUCAGUCACGUGAUUAACGCAGAUCUCCUUAUUCAUAUCGAAGAUGUUUCGCAUCCGGGUCGCUUCGCUCAGCGAGAAAGUGUUCUUAAAACGCUUUCUAAUCUAAAAAUACGGCAAUCUCUACUCGAUUCGAUGAUUAUAGUUGGCAAUAAAGUAGAUAAAGUUUCUUCAAUAAUCGAUAAAGAGUCGAACAUGCAUUAUAUUUCGUGUUUGACUGGCGCAGGCAUACCCGAGCUUAUAUCAACAAUCGAUCAGAAUAUAAUAUCAAUAAAAAGAAAAGUGCUUCGUCAUUUAAAACUGCGCCCUGGCUCAAACGCUUGGUAUUAUUUAUAUAAAAAUUCCUUUUUAUUCGGUAAAUCUGUGCCGAGUAACGACAAUAAUUUUUUGCAUUGUAAAACUUUCAUGGACGAUGAAGAAUUUCGCUUAUUCGAAAUAAAGUUCUCACUAUCAAAACAUACGAAAAAUGAUAGUAAAUCUCCACUUUCUUCUUUUGGAAUUUCGAAUUUCGUGUAA